GGAUUUUUCGAAUUGUGGGUGAUGAAUUCCAACCACAGAUCAUCCCACCCUAGAAUCUCAAGUGAAUUAACAAUUUACAAAAGACAGCGACAAUGUUCUCUCCUAUGGCUAUGAAGUUUCUCACCCGCAGCAACAACACCGCUGCUGCUGCUUUCCGUAGAAAAUUUCAUGGGUCUCUGCCUUGUUGGCAGAAAUUGAACGUCGAAGGCCUUGCCAAGAAAGUCGAUCUUGAGGGGAAGAAUGUCUUGGUUCGAGUCGAUUUAAAUGUCCCCCUUGCGAAGGUAUGUGGUUCGACCCUUUAUCAUAUUGUUAUCACGGCAUUUCUUUUGAUGAUGCUCCCCAAAUAUACAUUUUUUGUUUGUCAACUCAUCCUCUAAUCCAUCUCUCUUUCAACUUAUCCAUCAGGACGAUGUGACCGUCACGGAUGACACGCGAUUGCGUGCCAUCGUCCCUACUACCAAGUUUCUGCUGGAUAAGGGUGCUAACGUGGUUUUGAUGAGUCACUUCGGUCGACCCAAAGGCGAAAUUAUCGAGACUGGCAAAAAUGGAAGAUUGAAUCCCGUCGUUAAACCUUUGGAAGAACUCCUCGGAACCCCUGUACAAAAAAUUGAUACAGUAAUCGGAGCUGAAGCAGAAGAAGCCGCAAGCAACCUUGGAAAGGGAGAAGUUCUAUUACUAGAGAACACUCGUUUUGACAUCGGAGAGACGAAAAACGAUAAGACAUUAGCAGAGGGUAUGGGUAAAAUGGCAGAUUAUUUUGUCAUGGACGCCUUUGGAACUGCCCACCGGGCGCACAGCAGUACCGCCGGAGUUACUGAAUUCAUGGAAGAGUCAGCGGCAGGCUUUUUGCUAGACAAGGAACUUAAAUAUUUACAAGGUGCCGUCGAUGCUCCUGUCAAGCCAAUGAUGGCAAUUGUCGGCGGGGCCAAAGUUUCUACAAAAAUCCCUGUCAUCGAAUCUUUGUUAGAAAAGUGUGACACGAUCUUGGUCGGAGGCGGUAUGAUUUUCACGUUCUAUCGAGCGCUGGGAUACGAAACUGGAGGCUCCUUGGUCGAAGAGGAUAUCAUCGACUUGGCUGCUUCCUUGUUGAAAAAGGCGGAAGAAAAGGGUGUGAAAAUCGUCCUUCCUACGGAUGUUGUUGUAGCCGACAAAUUUGAUAAUGAUGCAAACUCUGCGAUCGCCAAGGUCAAUGAAAUGAGUGGUGAUUGGAUGGGACUUGAUAUUGGUCCUGAAUCCAUCGCAUUGUUUAAAGAGGAAAUCGAAAAAUGCAACACUAUUGUAUGGAAUGGACCAAUGGGUGUUUUCGAGAUGAGUAACUUUGCUGAAGGAACAAACUCUGUCGCUCAAAUGUUGGCUGAGGCGACAGAAAGAGGUGCUAUCACUAUUGUGGGAGGAGGAGACUCUGUUGCAGCGAUUAACCAAGCAGGGUUAGGAGACAAGGUUUCGCACAUUUCGACGGGAGGUGGUGCAAGCCUUGAACUCCUGGAAGGAAAGACACUGCCAGGAGUUGCUGCCUUGUCUGAUGUGUAAAUAUUACGAUGUGUAACAGUAUUUGACUAUUUUUCGUUCUCAACUACUACAUAAAACGUAACACUCGUGCUUUUGAUAGACCUGCAAUUCGAAUUCUACAAAGAAAUAACAGCCCUUUCGGUUUCAGUCGAGAAAACAGGUUUUUGUGCCGGUGUAAUAUAAUUAGAAUGAAAGA